AUGGAUUUUAAUGAAUUCAAUUAUUUGCAAAAUAGAGAACUCGGAUUCAGUCAAAAUGCUUACGGUAAAGUAUAUUUUCAAAUACAAUAUAACACAAAUAGUAAUAUUUAUAUCAUAGUUUGAAUGAAAAUAUUAAAUUUUAAGUCCAGUUUUUGAAUUUAAAGCGGUACCUGACGAUAAAAUCAGGAUUGUUCUGAUAUCUACAAAUUAUAUCUAUUUUAUACAUUUAUUAGAAACGUAAAUAGAUUUUAUCUACUAUGAUAAUAACUUCGUGACACAGUUGUUCGAUUCAAUAGUUUAAAUACUCAAAGAUCAAAGAAUAUCGAAUACAAUGUGUCCAAUAUUUCCCUUUUUUCAGACAAUAAAGGACCACAGGAAUGUAUAUAUAUAUAUAUAUCUAAAUAAAGAAUUUGUUUUCCUGUAUUUUUAAUUAUCAAUUCAAAAUUAUUUUAUUUAUGUAAUAAAAGCAGUAUUACUAAUAUAACGAGUGCAUAUUUCGUUGUGUUUUUAAUGCAUAUGUUCAACACUUUUUAAUACAUUAUAUUCACAGCCCUGCUCAUUACAUCGAAAUAAAACAUGUGAUAAUUAUCCUAAUGCACUUGAUUCCAUUUUUAAAAUAUCCUAUAUGAUAUUUGUUAGCAAUAAUCCUUUAAAGACGGAAUAUUUUUAGUUUGUGGUAAAGUUAGUGCUUAUGAACACUGUACAGGACAUUGUAAGAAUAUCUUAAUGAACUAAUUUUAUGUACUCUAACAAAUUGUAUUUAUUAUUUUAUUAAUUAGGAUUUAGACAAAAGAUAACUGAAAAUUUGAUUGGUAAAAUGGGAUCUACAACCUUCAAUAUGAGCACUGAAAAAAUGCAUGUUGGUCGUGGAUCUAUCAUGUCUGGCAAAUUCAGUAAAAUGAAAAACAAUUCACACAUAUUUACUUGUACAACAUCAGAAGGAAAAAUAAUUAUUCUAAAUACAAAUGAGAAUAUAAAAAAUAACACUGAUAUAGACAAUUCUAAAUCAAGUAAAACUAAACCCUAUAGUCUUUAUACUUGUUAUUGUUUUACAAUUAUUUGAAAUUUAUUUUAAUUUUUUUUUUUUUUUAUUUUCAAGUUUUCAAGAAUCACCGUAAUAUCAUUUUUGAUCAUGCAUGGGCUGAUUCAAGCAUGAAGUUUGUUACUGCGAGUGGUGAUCAAACUUCCAAAAUAUUUCAAUUAUUGCCAUCUGGCAAUAUUGAACUACAAAAUAUAUUUAACUUUGAAGCUCCAGUCAAUAGUGUUAAGUUUUGUCCAGGAUCAUCUGGUANAUAUUAAUAUAAUUUAAAUCAUUAUUCGCUAAAAUAAGAUUAAUGAUAUAAUUUGUAUAAUAAUUGUAACUAUAAAGAUAUUUUAUAUUUUUUUCUAUAUUUGAUUUGGCAUGUCUGUAUGUUAUGUAGAUGUAUUUUGUGGUGGGAGUCAAGAUGGCAAAUUGAGAGUAUGGGAUGCUCGUAAUUUCAAUAGAUUAGUUCAAGAUAUUCCUAAAACACAUGGUAAAUAUAGAAUGCCAUAUUACAUAUACAUUUUUAUUGAAUUAUGCAAGUAAAUCAACAAAAAAUUGUUUAACAUGUUUUUCAGUUUACACAUAAUACUAAAACCAACUAUUUAUUUUGUUUUAUUAAAUUUUAGGUUAUAGCAAAACACGUACUAUUGGUAUGGGACUAAGCUGUGUUAUAUAUCUGAAUAGUAAUUCAAUUAUAACCUGUUCUACUGACGAUUGGUAUGUAUACAUAUCGCACAAUAAUAAAAUAUAAUGUAAAUUACAUUUACAAUAACUUCUUUUUUUAUAGUGAAAUAAAGGUAUGGGAUUUACGAAAAACCUUUCGCUGUGCUCAUAGAAAUGUUAAACCAUUACCACUCAAGAAAUAUUAUUGUAGCAAUCCAAUGUUAAUUGACAUGCAAUUAAAUCCACAAUCCUCAUUGUUAUAUGCAAGUGUGUACGGCAGUGAUAUUCUUUGUUUUUCAUUGAAUUCUACACAAAGAAGUAUAUACAUUUCUUCUAUAUUUCAUAUUAUCUUCCUUCCUAUAUUACCUCUUAGCUUUUAUUUGUCAUGUAUUGUUAGUACUAACAACUCAAGAUUUCGGUAUCAUAAAAUUAACUUUUAUUUCGUUUUUUCAAUAAUGGUAGGCAUCAUAAAUAUUCAAAAUAUACACUUGUCAUAAAAUACGUACUGGCAAUAACUUAAUUCGCAUUAAAAAUUAUUAAAAUUAUUGAUUGUAUAAGUGUAUAUUAUAGUAUAGUAUAUUAGUAUAUUAGGUAUAAUAUUGUGUGAAACAAUAAUAUAUUUCACUAUAGUUUUCAUUGACGUAAUGAUUAACCAGUGAAAUAGAAUAGAAAUAGAAUUAAUUUUAUAUAUUAGACAUUUGUAUACAUAUAUCUUACAAUUAGAUUUAUUAUAAAAGCCAUGUAUUCAUGAGAAAAAUAAAAAUCAUUAUAUGUCCAUAUACCAGGUGAUCCAUUAAGGUGGGUACACUCUUUAUCUUGGAAAAUAUUAGAUUUUUCCCCCGAAUCUGUUUUCUCAAACAUUUAUGAAAUAAGUUGCUCUAGAGUUUUUUUAUUUAUGUUAUUUUUGGUGCUAAAAGUAGUGGUGCAUUAUUAACAACCUAACCUAACUGCCACACAAAUGAUAUUCUACUACUCUCUGCCAACCCAAACUUAAAAGUGGAAUAUCUCAACAAUGGAUUGAUGGAUAUCAAAAACGUCUCCACUAAAAUUUCUUUUAACUGAUCCUUCAUCUAGUUAUGGACUUUUCAUAUAGGUUGCUAUUUGAAAAUGAAAAGUAGGUAGUGGUUUCAUCCCCAAAUAUAAGCUUGACAAGAAGUGGAGUAGCUUCUUGCUUUAAUGUUCUACAUCACAAAUUCUGGAAAAAUGUAAUACUUUCUGACAUAAUGAGUGUACCACUUAAAUUUAUCACACAGUGUAUAUCAGUAUAUGGUAGGGUUGAUGAUUUUUGGUUAUACCAGUUAUUAUUGGUAUAAUGAUGAUUGCCUAAACACCAAUUAUAUGGUAUAACACAGUACUAAAUAACACACACCAGAAAACUGUUAUAUCAGUACAUACCAACAAAUUCACCAUUCUCCGAUAAUUGAUUUAUAGAGCUCAAAUACCUCUUGAAUUAAAUUAUCUUUAUUAUCAUUGGAGAUAUUCAGGGGAUACAUCUUUGUGGACAGACCGUAUUUGUCUGUAUUAAGUACGUGGCUUUGAUUAAAUACAUUUUUGACAGUAUAUUUUUCAGUUAAAAUACUGUUCGGAUAAAACCUUCAGACUGGUUUUUUUCAUUUGGUCACUUUUUACAUGACUGGGACAAUAUAAUAAAAAUAUUAACACAACAAUAGUUUACUCCAGCAGCAUACAAAUGUUUAUUGGUAUUAUGGUUUUCUGGCAUGUAUUUCUGUAUAUAAUUCCAUCCUGGUAUCCUAAUACCACAAUUUCAGUAACAUCAGCCGUAGUAUAUAGUGGAUAGCCACAAUUUUGAUUUGACAUAUCUAUUAUAUGAACUAGAGGUAUUUGUUAUAAUUUAUGUUUUAUCAAAUUUUUUUCAGCUCCCAUACAUCAGUAUACAGGUCGCCACUUAACAGUAUACAGGUCGCCACUUAAAUUCUAUGUACUCGAAAAUUAGUAUUAGUCAUGAUGGCAAGUACAUUUUUAGUGGAUGUUCACAAAAUAGUGGAGUUAUAUGGACUACAAAAUUACCACAUAUAAAAGAACCUAUAUUUGAAUUAAAUCGAAAAGUAAAAUAUAAACCUACAUACAGUUAUGUGUUUGAUCAAGAAUUAGGUGUUUCAGACUGGUGUUCAGAUUCAAGAACUCAUCCUAAAGUAAGUUUUUCUAUUAUUAUUAAUUGAAACUUUUAGUUUAACAUAUAGAAAUAAAUUUUGGUCAUUGUAUACUUAAUCUUUUUUUUUUUUUUUAAAAACACUAAAAAUUAUACAAUCACUUAGCAUAAAACUCAGAAAUGAAUACAUGACUUAAAUUAUAGAGUCAAUUGAAUACCGAAUUUAUUUUUAAAUCAUAUUUUAAAGAGUUCUGGGGAACGAUAAAUUCGAUACUAGAUUCAUUCAGGAAAAAAUACAAAAUUUAUUUUUAAAUCUAUAAAUUUCGGAUCGUACGUACGAUAUACGAAAUAAUUGAUGGUGUAGUUUUAUUUUAUUUUUAUCAUUCAAUCUAUGUGUAACAUAUUAAUAUGUAUCCUCAUACUAUUUUUGUGUCUAUAGUUAUAUAAUGGUUUAUACUAAUUUUAGAUCAUUUAAUUCUAGUUUGUUUUAUUUUUAUUUUUAAGUUGAUGACAUGUAGCUCUUCAUUGUAUGGUCGACCAUUGUUAUGGUCAGUGCUAACCGCGCAAAUUGAAAAUGAGCAACAUAAAUUUAUUAGAACUUCAAAGGAAAAACAAAUCCCGAUCAAAUUGAAUGUUUAA